ACGCGAUGGAUACAGGCCGUGCAAGAGAUGUAGGCCGGAUGACACUACCUUCGUGGAAAAGGCCAGGAGGUUGUCAGUAACGUAAUAGCGCUUCUGAUGGUGAGAAGGGAUGAUUCGUCGAUGAAGGGAGGUUUAAAAAAUUUGGCAAAAGAGGCUGGAAUUACGCCAUGUUAUCUUUGUCGUGUAUUUAAAAAGAUAAUGGGCGUUACGGUAGGGAAAUACAUGAAGGAGUUUGAGAAUGACGCAAGCGAGGGCGAGACGAAGAGCUCAGUCCAACCUCCUAGCAAAACUGAUACAGGUGUGAUGGAAGUGGAGACUAAAAUCGUGAUGCCAGCAAAGACAGCAAGGUUCGUUGGAAGCGCCUGUCGAGCGUAUCGAGGGUGGGCCGGCGGAAGAGGAUGUUGGAAACAAUGAAGAUGCUCUGGACUUGAAUCUCGAUUUCGAGGAAUGGUUCUGGACUUCCUUGAGUGAUAGCGUCUACGGACGAUCUAUCGAGGAGCAUUCCAUAUUACCAAUGACAGCCUAAAUGGGACGAGCAAAAUCGUUCAGCUCCACUUACUAUUUCUCAACCAUCGCGCACACUUUUUUCCCUUUUCCAUGCAUAUAAUCAUUCCCUAGCUACUAAUGAAUAACUGGAAUUAUAUUGCUCCGCAUCAAUCAACUCUGCAGCUGAGUCACCG